CUCACAAGUGGAGCCGGAACUACAAGGGAAGCAACAGCUGGACAGCUAGGAAUGCAGGAGAACGACCUGCAGAAGCACGAAGAUGAAAACAAUGACAUGAUGAACAGCGGGACAUCUUCAAAAAAUAAAAACGCGCACCAGCUGGUUGUUUCCAAAAAAACCGCAGCGGCCAAUUCGCACCAACACCAAGGGACGAGCUACG